AUGUCUCCCGCAGCCGCGAGCGAGCGACCGCCGAUUAUUCUGUCGCCCUUCGAGGUGACGCCGGUCGGCUGGACGCUCGCCGCGCUCUACGUCGGCUGGUUCUCCUGGUCCAUCUUCCGGCCGCAGUCCGAGGCCGAGGCGGCGGCGUGGGAGAAGCAGGAGGCGGCGGCGUCCGAGAUGGCGGCCGCAGCGGGCGCCUUCCUGCGCGAGGCGUCUGCCGAGGAGGGGGCGACGACGAGCGCCUCGGGCCUCGUCUUCAAGAGCCAUGCCGAGGGCGAAGGCGCUUGCCCGACGAUGGAGGACACGGUGGUUGUGCAGUACAAGGGCUCGCUCGCCGACGGCACCGUCUUCGACUCGUCGUACGACCGCGAAAAGCCGACCGAGUUCAAGCUCAAGCAAGCGACGCUCACCAUCCCGGCAGACCUCGCCUACGGACCGAUGGGCGCGCCACCAACCAUCCCGGGCAACGCCGCGCUGCGCUUCGAGGCGCGCCGCGGCAGGGCGGAGGCGUCGCGGCGUCGGGAGAAGUCGGGCUUCUCCCUCUUUUAG